AACGAUAAGUCGACGUAUGUAUUGUGGGAAGCGUAAGGCGGUCUGCGUCAAUAGUCACGCCCUGUUAUUGGCAAUUCCAUAUAAAAGUAAAAUCUGUAGAUUACAGAUACACGAAAAGAUCAAAAAGGGACUACAUACAAUUAACUUUUAUUUCAUUGGCAUUAACAGCAACAGAAGAGGAGUAGAACCACGGCAUAAUUGGAACCAUAUUCCGGGGCACAGAAUGAAUUUACCAACAACGUUUCUGACCAUUUCAUGUUUAAUUGUAAGAACUUUCGCCAAUGGAACAGGAUUUGAACAAAGCGAAAGCGAAGAUGCAGAUCUUGCGCAUACAAUAAGGAUGCGUGCUUCGCAUAUACCACGGUUUGUUGGUAAACGGACAAUGGGCGAGGACGAAGUUGAAAAGUUACUUAUAAAACAACAAGAAGAAAAUGAUGACCAAGAAGAUGAACAAAAAUUCUUAAUAGAUUUGCUCAAAAGUUAUGAUGAAAGUUUGUCUGAAUCGCAACACCUUUCAGGGGAUUUUAAUACACACACUGAUGCAGAGUCAAAUUCAGAAUUAUCGCCAUUUGAGAGAGAAGCGAAAUGGGCUCCGAGAUUUGUUGGCAAACGGCGGUCGCCUAUGUUUGUUGGCAGACGGCGAGCACCUUUAUUUAUUGGAAAGCGCUACGCACCAAGAUUUGUGGGCAAGCGAGGAGCACCAAUGUUUGUAGGAAGGAGAGGAUCCCCUAUGUUUGUUGGACGGCGCGAUUCCCCAUUGUUUGUUGGUAAAAGAGAAAAUGCUCGACCAGCUGAUACUAGUUAUUAUGUUGGAGGAAAAAGAUGAUCUAGGCGAUUCUGACGCCGUAGACCGAGCUCUCCAAAUUUCUGCUAAUCUCCUCACCACACCCGAUAAUGACUCGCCUCCGUUAGACAUUCCAUAUCUUUCUAGUGUCAAGUAUCUGGAAAAUGGCAGACUACCAAGUAUUCAAUCCUUAGCUUUUACGGAUCCCGGUCAGGACGAUGAAAAAGAAGAAUUAAAAAAAUAUUUUGAGUUUUUAGGGAAAAAAGACAAAAAAUAUGCCGAGUUUAUUGGUAAAAGAAUGAGCUGGAAAC